UUUCAUUUAUGCCAGUGGACACAGCAUCCUGCCUUACUCUGUUCCUCAGGUCCCUUCAAUUAUCAUAGUAUUUCAUCCCUCUCUCUUUGUCCCUCUCAGCUCCAUGAUAUGUAUAUAUAUAUAUAUAUAUAUGUAUAUAUAUUGUGUGUUAUAAAUAGAGCAAUCUCUGCACUCCAUGAUCCUUCACUUCUGCCUAUGAAAGGAAGAGAGUGAAAAGGGAGGGAAAGAGAGAGAGGAGACGAUUUUUGUGGUUGGGGAGACCGGAGAUAAGAGUAUGGUCUUUUGGCGCAUGCUUGCGUGGUACCAUCAAAACUUUGCCAAAGGGGUGAUGGUGCCACGCUGUGUGCGUCUAAAGUGCAUAUUCAAAAUGGGCGUUUGAGUGGAAUUUUGGAAGAUCAAAAAGGGUGCAAUCGAAGCACAAUGCUUUUGCUCUUUCCCUUUCUUGUGCUUUCAUGUGUGAUUAAUCACUUUGAAACUUUACACAUUCUGUCGUUUACUAAUAAUAAUUUUACGUUUCUGUCCAAAAGAACAGGGUCAAUACUCAUGGCUUACUUGAUUUAUUUUUCAGACAAGCAUCCUACUAUUACAAAAAGGAGGAUCUAUUCAUGGUUGAAGUUGGUUUUUGUUUGCAGGGUAGUCAAGGCUCCUGCUCUGUAUAUCAAGAUCAAGCAGCCAAUUCCUUAAUGAAAAAGGUGAGAUGUGGUUAUAGCGUAUGCGACACAGAUUUGCAACCAAUGGAGGCUUAAGCAAAUGAAGAGUGCAGGUCAGCUCUGCAAGUUGAGGAAUUGACGCCCUGUUUCCCUGAUAUUGGCUAGCUUUACUCCAUAUUAUCAGCCACAAAUUGUACUACUCAGGAAUAUCAAUGGCUUUAGAGUUAGAUGCAUUAGUAAAUGGAACGUACCAAUCGCUGUGGACAGCCUUUGCUACUCGGAAUGAAAGAAAGAUGGGCGUAUAAGAAUCGGUCCAACCUCUAACUUUAUGUUCUAUGGAUUGUUUUCUUAUUUGAAGGCCAUUUUUGUUAAUCUUAGAACCUUUUUUUUCCACGAGACACCAGAACUAUGGUUCUAUCUUUUCCUAAAUCCCCAAUUCUUGAUGAAUGAGGAAUUAAAUUUCAAAUUAUUGAUACAAUUAUGGAAAGGUUUUACCACUAAUCCUAAAUAACAGUUUCAUCAUUCUUAUAUUUUUUAUGUGAUCAAGUUUAGUAAAAGCAAAAUGAAUUUCAAUAAUCCAAUUGAUUCGACAGCCCAAUACUAUAAUUUUGAUUUCUGAUUCUCAAAUUACAAAAUUAAUGUACAACCCAUGGAUUUGGUUUAUUAACCAAGAAAAGUUAUAUAAGUCAAACCCUUCAUGCAAGGAAAAAAAAAAAUCUACGGUCAGAAAGUAAAACUCGCCAUAUUUGCUUCUUUCAGGGCUUCCAAUAUGGCAACCCCCACAAUUUUGCACCAAGUUACCUUGCAGCUACCAGAUUUUGAAAAAAGUAGCCGUUGGUUGGAAAAAAAUUCAUAGCUAACACUGUGUCCUCACAGCAGCUUCCCCUUUAUAUUAACCUUAAUCUCUAAAUCUUGUAUUCUAAAAUCCUCAGUAGAUUUAUUCUCCAAUAACAAAAAAUUGAAAGGAUCCAUUUGUUAAGAUUUUUUACUAGUUUCUUGUCCAAAGAUCUUUUGCGUCAUGAAUCCUGGUCGCUGUGCGGCUUGCAAAUAUUUAAGAAGGAAAUGCCCUUCAGAUUGCGUUUUCUCUCCUUAUUUCCCUUCAAAUAAUCUACAAAGAUUUGCAUCCAUUCACAAAAUAUAUGGAGCCAGCAAUGUUGCAAAACUGCUUCAGCAACUUCCAGUCCAUCAUCGAGCUCAAGCUGUAGAUUCCCUGUUCUUUGAAGCACACUGUCGAAUUGAAGCCCCUGUGUAUGGCUGCGUUGGGCUUGUAUUUACAGUGCAGCAACAGAUACACGAUGCAGCGACCCAGCUCGCUAAGACUCGGGCUAAGGUUGCUGUUCUGAAAUCUACAGCACACCAUUCCCAAAUUCAAUCCGAUUCCAACGUCUUCUUGCCUGGGCCCCAAAGUGUAGCCCACCUGGGCCUCUUCAAUCAAGCUUCUUUUGGAUUUAUUUAAGAUUGUUAAAUUUUAGAUGAAAUGGAUAGUAAUAACACAACAAGAGCUAAUGGAAUGCUCUUACUUCAUGGAGGAAAAGUGCUCGUAUUAACUUGACAAGUGACUUAAAUCAAAAA